UUGCAGUUUGCAGGGAGAAGAAUUGCCGCAUCAUCAGAGGCAACGGAGUCCUGCUGCAGUUUGUGGGUUCUGAAGCCCCCCCUCCCUUGAAUGCAAAGGGAACGAAGACUCGGAGGCAAAGCAGGUGUGGAAUCAAGGACCAUCCAAGAGGGUUAGGAGAUAGCUAGUCCAUUUCCAGCUUUCCAGCAAAGAUUGAGGGGCAGUCGUCCCAAAGGCAGAAGAAAGUCCUUUAAAAGAAGACUUGGGUUAUUGAGCUCAAGGUAGGGGAAGACGCUUGGCUGAAAGGUCUAGGGCCUUGUCCAAGACAGACGACAGAAUUAAGGAAGCGCACGUUUGACAGAAGAAAACAAAGAAACCAGUGUUUUGAGAUGUUUCCUUGAGGAGGGGCGAAACAUUUAACCUCAGAGGAGAGAACGUUUCAAAGGAGUCCACCUAACCCAAUGGAAAAAUAGCAGGGUGUACUGAGGAGAAGCGGGGCCUUUUUUGACCGCUCGUCAUGGCAUCUGUGAGAGAGGUGUCCAGCUUCACAGAGGACCUGCUGUGCCCCAUUUGCCUCUCCAUCUUUCGGGACCCUCACAUGCUCGAGUGCGGCCAUAGCUUCUGUGCGCCAUGCCUGGAGCCCUGUAUCCCCAAGGGCCAGAGGCGUGGGCUCUGUCCCGAGUGCCGGCGGCCUUUUGCUUUGCGUCGCAUGGCGGUCAACCGAGCCCUUUGCAGCCUGGCGGAGAAGGCCCGGCUCCUCAAGCUGGACGAAGGUCCUCAGUUGGGUGGGACUGCAGGCUGGUACUUUUGUGAGGAACACGAGGAACCCCUGAAACUCUUCUGCAGCCAGGAUGAGGGGCCCGUUUGUGUCAUCUGUCGGGACUUGCCUCAGCAUCGUGGACAUGACUUCCUCCCUAUAAAAAAUGCUGUUCAGGCCUAUCAGGAUCAGCUGAAGGCAUCUCUAGAACCCCUGGAAGAAGGACUCCACCAUCUGAAAAGGAGCCAGUGCCGUCAGCAGGAGAACAUUCUAGAAUUGAAGACCUGCUCAGAGUCCUUGUCUGAUCACAUUUCUGGGGAGUUUGUGAAGAUGCACCAGUUACUGACUGACAGAGAGUACAGUUUAAAGGUGGCCCUGGAGCAUCAACGAGAGAAGAACCUGGCCCAAAUGGAAACCAAGCUGAAAGAACUGAAUUGGAAAGUGGCGUCUUGGUCGGAGACACUCUGCCGAGUACGGUCAGGGCUUGAGUGCAAAGAUCACAUCAGUUUCCUCAAGGAAGCAAAAGAGUUAUUGGAGAGGGUCCGCAAGGAGCAAGGAACCCCAGCAGAAGAGGAAGAAGAAACUGAAGUGGAGAUGGUAGAAGAAGGGUUGCAGGCCAGCGGUGAAGAUACAGAUGAAUAUGAGAAUGAGGCAGAAGAGGGAAACAAUGUAGAUGAAGAAGAGGAUGAGGAGGAAGAGGAAGAAGAGGAAGAGGAGGAAGAGGAGGAGGAACAGCUAGGGCCAGUGAAGACAGUAGAGGAGGAGGAGGAGGAUGAAUUUGGAGUUGUGCCUGUAGACUUGAACCUGGGUGAAUUCAAGGGACCCCUGCAGUUCUAUGCCUGGAAAGAGCUCUUGGGUACAGUAUAUCCAGUUCCUGCAUGUAUCACCUUGGACUGCAACUCUGCUCACCCCAGCCUGAUCCUUGUGGAGGAAGCCACUGGCAUCAAGUUCAGCCCCGGACGACGCUUCUGGCGCAGGAAACCCUAGCGCUUCACCUCGAACCCGUGCGUGGUGGGGCGGAAGGGCUUUACCUCUGGGCGCUUCUACUGGGAGAUCCGAGUCGGCGAGAGCCUGGGCUGGGUGGUGGGGGUGGCAAAGAGGUCUGUGAAACGCAAGAGGCGCCUGAGUUUCCAGCCCAAGGAAGGGGUGUGGGCUAUUGAGUUGAGGGCUGGGGAGUACCUAGCUCUGAGCGAGCCCCGGAGUUCACUCUCUGUCUGUGGGAGGAUGGAAAAGGUGGGGGUCUACGUGGACUUUGAAGGGGGGCAGCUCUCUUUCUACAACAGCAGCAGCAUGAGCCACCUCUACACCUUCCAGGAGACUUUCCGCGAGGAGCUGCUUCCCUUUCUUAGCACCCAAAGCAGCCACCCUCUCUCCGUGUGGGACCUGGAGCUCUGAGUCCUCAGCUUAGAUUGCAUAGUUUAAAAAUGUGCAUGGAUAGAUAUGCAUGGAUAUAGUUAGGCACUGAAAUCUGUUUGGACACGGGGUUGUUGUUUUUUGUAUUCAAAUAGGGGGACCUUCAUUUUAGCUCAUUUUAGGAGCAGCAGUGGCGUAGGAGGUUAAGAGCUCGUGUAUCUAAUCUGGAGGAACCGGGUUUGAUUCCCAGCUCUGCCGCCUGAGCUGU